GAAAGCCUUCACUCUUUCGCUUCAUCCACACCCGCCCCCCCAGCGAACGACGACCGCCAAACACCGCCCCAACACACCCCUCCCCCCCAGGUUUUCCUCGCCUCACUUCGACCUUCAAGAUGACUCACGAGUCUGUGUGGUACAGCCGUCCUCGCAAGUACGGCAAGGGCUCCCGUGGCUGCCGUGUCUGCUCCAACCGCGGUGGUUUGAUCCGCAAGUACGGCAUGAACAUCUGCCGUCAGUGCUUCCGUGAGAAGGCCACCGACAUCGGCUUCAACAAGUACCGCUAAAUUACUCGCUCAUCUCUCUAUCCCUGUUCACGAAUUCAUUCCGUCAUGUGCUCGGCGCCCCGGUUUUCAAACCAACCCUAUGGGAGGAACCAGGAAGGAAACGAAAAAAUGAAAAACCGAGACGGGAAGGAAAGAAGAUAAGCGUUGCUGGGAGGGGGAACAAGAAAGGGAAAUUUCGUUUCAGAGGGAAAUUCGUUUACCGGUGUGGACAAUUUCUUCUAUUUUAAAUCUGGAAUGAAAACAAAAGGUGUCAAUGUCAACGUGAUGUCGGGCGCAAAUUUCCCUUACCCUUUUCUUUCGAACCUUUUCGGUGGUCUCUUGUUUUCUUCUUCGUCGGUUCAAGAUUAUUUGAAUUGAAUUGAAAUGAGGAAUUCCUUUUUAAUUGUUA